AGCGCUAACGCUGCGGCCCUAAGGAAGAUGGCGGCGCCCUGGUGGAGAGUCACGCUGUACGGAACGCGGAGUGCCCGCGGCUUCAGCACUGCGGCCGUCCUGAGCCGCCGGUCCGCCCCGCUGGGGCCCAUGCCCAAUGAGGACAUCGACGUGAGCGCGCUGCAGACCCUGGAGAAGUAUCGCAGUUUCGACCGCUACCGGCGCUGCGCCGAACGCGAGGCGAAUGCCCAGCACUGGUGGAAGAGCUACCGCGACUACUUCCGGCAGCCCUCAGAUCCCAAAGAUAAAAUAGAUAUUGGAUUUCCUCCCAACAAGAGGCACCAGAGGCAACAACAGAUCCUUGAAAGGAAGACGGUCCUUCGGGAGAACCGGAGGAGGAUGGAGAAGGCUGCCCAGCUCCGCAGUGUCUUGAUCCCACUGGAAGAGGUGAAGGCUGAUUGGGAGAAGACCGUUGGCCCUUACCAUAAGAAGCGCCUGGCUGAGUACUACGGCCUCUACCGAGACCUGUUCCACGGGGCCACAUUUGUGCCCUGGGUCCCGCUGAAUGUUGCUUACACUCUGGGAGAAGAGCUGGCGAUGCCUGUGUUCCAGGGGAACGAGGUUACCCCGACGGAGGCCACUAAUCCCCCAGAGGUGACAUAUGAGGCAGAAGAGGAUUCAUUGUGGACUUUGCUGCUCACCAAUCUGGAUGGACACUUGCAGGAACAGGACGCCGAAUACAUCCACUGGCUGGUGACCAAUAUCCCAGGCAACGACGUGUCCGCAGGACAGGAGAUGUGCCACUACCUCCCACCCUUCCCCGCAAGAGGAACUGGGUUUCACCGGUUCACUUUCCUCCUUUUCAAGCAGCACAAGUCCAUCGAUUUUUCUGAAGAUGCCCGUCCCACACCCUGUUACCGUCUUGCUUUGAGAACCUUCCGCACGUUUGAUUUCUAUAAGAAGCACCAGGACUUCAUGACCCCAGCUGGUCUGGCCUUCUUCCAGUGCUGCUGGGAUGACUCUGUCACCCACAUCUAUCACCACCUGCUCAACAUGCGGGAACCAGUGUUCGAGUUUGUACGCCCACCCCCCUACCAUCCCCCACAGAAAAAGUUCCCUCAUCUGCAGCCCCUUCGAUAUUUGGAUCGAUACCGAGACAGCGAUGAACCUACCUAUGGCAUCUACUGAAGGACUGAGUCAUCCAGGUGCACAGGGUACCUGGAAGGGACGACGUGACCUUAGAGCCACCCUGGCCUGCUUCGUUUUUCAAGGACGACACGCAGUAGGUUAGAGGCCCCCAGCCAUCAGCUCCCUGGGAGCUCUUCUGUGAGCCUGUCAUCCUGUCUGUGCUUUUCUUGUGUAUCCAAUGUUUUGGGAGUGAGAAGAAACUGUAGGGUAUCUAAGUCAGAGAAUGUGAACCAAGGUGCAGCAUGGUAUAGCAGAUAGCUGACUUUAAAGUCAGCACAACUUGGGUUCAAAUCCCACAUACUGGAUGUAUGACACUAGCCUCUCAGUGUUCCAGGCAAUAGUCUUCUCCCCCUCCCCCCAACGAUUUUUAUUUAUUUCAUUAAAUAUAUCUCAAUU